AUGUCACGUUUGAUAGUUAGGGGAUUACCAAAAUAUUAUACUGAAGAUAAUUUGAGAAAUCAUUUCAAUAAGCAAGGAGAAGUUACAGAUGUCAAAUUAGUUAAACAGAAAAAUGGAGAAUCAAGAAGAUUUGCAUUUAUUGGUUAUAAAUCAAAUGAAUCAGCUGAGAAAGCAGUUAAAUUUUUUAAUAGAUCAUUUAUAGAUACAGCAAGAAUAGAUGUUGAAAUUGCAAAAUCAUUUUCGGAUCCAGAUGUUCCAAUUUCAUCAAGAGAAAGAAGAAGAAGAGAUAAUGAAAGAUUGAAAAGACAACAAGAACAAAUAUUAGAACAAGAAGAAAGAAUGGCUAAGAAACAAAAGACAAAACCUAAAUCAAUAAUAGAACAAGAAAUGGAAAACGAUCCUAAAUUUAAAGAAUAUAUGGAAGUGAUGAAGCCUUCUCAUGAAGUUAAAUCUUGGGCAAAUGAUACAAUAGCUGAUGGAUCUGGUGGACCUUCAAAUGCAGAAUUGGAGAAGGCAUUAAAUGGUGAAGUAUCUGAACCAGUAAAUAAUUCUUAUAAUGUGAUAGAAACAAAAGAAAAUGAAAGUGAUGAUGAAUAUAAUGAUUUCAAUGAACCACAAGCAGAUGAAGUUGAGGAGGAUGAAGAAGAAGAAAUGAUACCUUUAAAUGAAGUAGAAAAUGAAGUUGCUAAAGACGAGAACGUCUCAGAUUUGGAUUGGUUGAAAUCUAAAAGUAUACGUAUAAAAGAAAAUGGAGAAGUAGCUGAAGCUGCCAAAGAUGAUCAAGAAGAUACACAAGUGGACGAAUCAAUACAAGAAGAAGUCGAAAUACCCAAGAGUGAACAAGAAAAAUCCCUUGAAAAAAUACAGGAGACUGGACGUUUGUUUAUCAGAAACAUACUGUAUGAUGCAAAAGAAGAAGAUUUUAGAAAUCUAUUUCUGAAAUAUGGAUCGUUAGAAGAAGUUCAUGUUGCAAUUGAUACAAGAACAGGUAAAUCAAAAGGUUUUGUAUAUAUUCAAUUCAAUAACACUGAAGAUGCAGUAAAUGCAUUUGAAUCACAAGAUAAACAAAUUUUCCAGGGUAGACUUUUACAUAUUUUGCCAGCUGAUAAAAAGAAAAGUCAUAGAUUAGAUGAAUUUGACUUGAAAAAUCUACCUUUAAAGAAACAAAGAGAGUUGAAAAAGAAAGAACAAGCUGCCAAAACACAAUUUAGUUGGAAUAGUCUUUAUAUGAACACAGAUGCAGUGAUGGAGUCAAUGGCUGCAAAAUUAGGUGUUUCCAAAUCUCAAUUGAUUGAUCCAGAAAAUUCAAGUUCAGCAGUUAAACAAGCAUUAGCAGAAGCUCAUGUUAUAGGUGAUGUAAGAAAAUUUUUUGAAGAUAAAGGAGUUGAUUUAACAAGUUUUAACAAUAAAGAUAGAGAUGAUAAAAUUAUAUUGGUGAAGAAUUUUGCAUUUGGUACAACUAUAGAAGAACUAGGUGAAACAUUCUCACAAUAUGGACCAAUUAAACGAAUGAUAAUGCCACCGGCAGGUACAAUUGCAAUCGUAGAAUUUAAAGAUGCACCAAGUGCAAGAGCUGCAUUCACUAAAUUAGCAUAUAAAAGAUUUGGUACAAGUAUACUAUACUUGGAAAAAGGUCCAAAAGAUUUAUUCACUCGUGAACCAACAUCAGUUGAGAGUGUGGAAGUUAAAGAACCAGAGACUGAAAAUGUUGUUGAAGCCAAAAUUUCGGUCAAUGAUAUUAUGGGCGAACCACAAACCGAGCAAGAAGAAGCAAUUCAAGGAUCUUCAGUUUCUAUUUUCGUUAAGAAUCUUAAUUUUUCAACUACUGUUCAACAAUUAUCAGAUCUUUUCAAACCAUUACCAGGGUUUGUAAAUGCAACAGUUAAAACUAAACCAGAUCCAAAAAACUCCGGUAAAACUUUAAGUAUGGGUUUUGGAUUUGUUGAAUUCAAAUCACAAGCUCAAGCUAAUGCUGCAAUUUCAACAUUGGAUGGUCAUGUAUUAGACGGUCAUAAAUUACAAUUAAAAAUAUCACACAAGCAAUCAACCUCAUCAACUUCAUCCACCACAUCAAAAUCAAACAAAUCUACUAAAAUACUUAUCAAAAAUUUACCAUUCGAAGCUACAAGAAAAGAUCUUUUGGAAUUAUUUGGUGCUUUCGGUCAAUUGAAGUCAGUUAGAGUACCUAAAAAAUUCGAUCAAACAGCAAGAGGGUUUGCAUUCAUUGAAUUCAAUUUACUUAAAGAAGCAGAAAAUGCAAUGAAACAAUUAGAAGGUGUUCAUUUAUUAGGUAGAAGAUUAGUUAUGCAAUAUGCUGAAAAGGAUUCUGAAAAUGCUGAAGCAGAGAUUGAAAAAAUGACCAAAAAAGUUAAAAAACAAAUGGGUACUCAAAAUUUAGCUGCUGCUAGAUUAGCUGGGAAAUCUAGAAUUGAACUAGAAGAGAAAACUAAUGAAUUUGAUGAAUUUUGA